ACUCUCUGACCGCAAGUUCAAACCCCACCCUUGGUAUGGUUUGUUUGCAGUCGUGUCAUUACGAUUUCGUGAGUCGGUUAAAACAUGGUGUUCUGCACAGUGCUGUUUUACAGUCCUCACACAUAAAACGAUGUGAGUGAGAGCAGUGAAUAUAUGUGUGAAGUACUUGGUGAAGACUCUCCACUAAGGCAGCUGCUGGGUGACCCCUGGCUGCCCAACCUUGACCUCCAUGACCACACACAGCUAGAGAUAAAGUGCCACUCCACACAGGCUAUCAUUGAAAUUGGUCCCAGGUUGAACUUCACAACUGCCUGGAGUACAAAUGCUGUCAGUAUAUGUCAUGCAAUGGGACUAAAGAGCGUUGUAAGGCUGGAACGAGCCAACCGCUACCUUGUCACCAUUAAUGGAACCUUUGAUCUUGAGACAAGGAAGCAGGUAGUGUCGUCACUGCAUGACCCUAUGACAGAGAUGGAGUACAACACUCCACUCAACACCUUAGAACAAGAUGUACAAACACAACCCUGGAGUACAGUGCUGGUACUGCAGAAGGGCAAGCAAGCAUUGCAAGAAGCUAACAAAGCAAUGGGCUUGGCAUUUGAUGAGUGGGACCUGGAGUACUACACUGAGUUGUUCAAGACGAAGAUACAACGCAACCCAACCACUGUGGAGCUGUUUGAUCUAGCGCAGUCCAACUCAGAACACUCCAGACACUGGUUCUUUAAGGGAGAAUAUGUCUUGGAGGGAGAAAGGUUAAUGCACUCACUCCUGGACAUGGUGAUGGGCACCAACUCUCCACUAACUACAAACCCCAACAGUAUUAUUGCUUUUUCUGACAAUUCUAGUUGUAUACAAGGCUGGAAGACUCCUGUAGUAGUGAGCAGUGACCCAUGCCAGAGCUCACAGGUGCUGGUGGAGUCCCGCCUCAGGCACCUUGUCUUCACUGCUGAGACUCACAACUUUCCCACUGGUGUAGCUCCCUUCAGUGGUGCGACGACUGGAACUGGAGGACGUAUCCGUGAUGUGCAGGCAGUGGGUCGUGGUGGUCAUGUUGUAGCUGGUACUGCUGGCUACUGCUUUGGUAACCUACACAUACAUGGGUACGAGCUGGCAUGGGAGGGUAGAGAAGCAGGGUACCCCAGCAACCUGGCCACACCACUGGAGGUUAUCAUCGAGGCUUCCAACGGCGCCUCUGACUAUGGCAACAAGUUCGGUGAACCAGUUAUUGCUGGCUUUGCUCGCUCCUUUGGUAUGGUUGUAGGUAAUGAGUCAGCAAGAGAGAGGAGAGAGUGGAUCAAACCUAUCAUGUUUAGUGGUGGUGUUGGCACCUUAGAUGACACCAUGGUGAAGAAACUACCACCACACAGUGGUGCGCAGGUGGUGAAGGUGGGUGGCCCGGUGUAUAGAAUCGGUGUAGGUGGUGGUGCUGCCUCCUCAGUGCAGGUUCAAGGUGACAAUGAGGCAAUGCGGGACCUGGGCGCAGUGCAGCGUGGAGACGCUGAGAUGGAACAAAAGAUGAAUAGAGUUAUACGUGGCUGUCUGGAGAUGCGCAACAACCCUAUCCUGGCGAUACAUGACCAAGGUGCUGGUGGUAAUGCUAAUGUGUUGAAGGAGUUGAUGGAGGGUGCUGGUGGAGUGAUCUUUACGGAGUCGUUCAGUGUGGGAGACCCAACACUGUCAACACUAGAAGUGUGGGGAGCAGAGUACCAGGAGUCCAAUGCUCUCUUGACUGACUUCCAUCACCUGACCUCCCUCAAAAUGCUGGCAGCCAGGGAGAAGUGCCCUCUAGAUAUUGUUGGCUUUAUUACUGAUGACCACAAGGUGAGUCUGGGUCAUAAUCUUUUUCUUUUCCUCUGCCAGUUGAACCUGGGUACCACUGAACCCAGUACUACUGAACCUAGUACAGUGGACCCCCGAGUUUCGGCAGCAUUGACUUUCAUGAAAUUCGACUUUCAGCAAGUUUUUUCGGCAAAAUUUGCAGUGCAUUAUGUUUUUCAGGAAUUUCACUGGACCAGGAGUACUGUGAAAGCUGUGCCGCUGAAGCUUCCAGACACAUUGAAGGUUCAAGAGGCUCUAGAGAGAGUCCUGAAACUGCCUUCAGUGGCCAGCAAGAGGUAUCUCACUAACAAGGUUGAUCGUUCAGUUACUGGUCUGGUGGCACGUCAGCAGUGUGUUGGACCACUACACACUCCCCUGGCAGAUGUUGCAGUUACAGCUGCCUCGUAUUUCAGCAAGGAAGGCACAGCAACAAGUAUUGGUGAGCAGCCCAUCAAGAUGCUGGUGUGUCCGGCUGCAGGUGCCAGACUCACAGUCUUGGAAGCCUUGGCUAACCUGGUCGCUGCUCCACUUUCCUGCCUUAAAGAUGUGAAGUGCUCAGCCAACUGGAUGUGGGCAGCCAAGCUACCAGGCGAGGGUUGGGCGCUGUAUCAAGCUUGUGAGGCAAUGUGUGAGAUCAUGAAGAGUGUUGGUGUGGCUGUGGACGGUGGCAAGGACUCCCUCAGUAUGGCUGCUAGAGUGCCAGGGAAAGAUGGUGCCAGCAGUGUAGUGAAGGCUCCAGGGUCGCUGGUGGUGUCUGCCUAUGCUCCCUGUCCUGAUGUGACAAAGGUCAGGGUGCCCCCAGACUUGAAGAGUGCUGGUGUAGGUGAGAGGGGUGCUGGGUGGGUGCGCCCUGUGGUGGUCAGCGCCUGGGUGGCUCAGCCCUGGCUCAAGUUACUUCAGCUGGGUUGUGAAUGUCCUGACGUUGACCUCCAUGAAAUUUGCUUUUGUUGCAGCAUUCCUGAAAUUUCACAGCUCAUUGAUGAGGGUUUGGUGUUGGCCUUGCAUGAUGUGAGUGAUGGAGGUUUGGUCACCUGCUUGCUGGAGAUGGCUAUUGCUGGCUGGGCCGGCUUCAUGGUUGACCUUCCUCCACCACCAGCUCCACUACCCUCUGCUAUGGAUAGAGCUCCACCUCUUCUUGCUGCACUAUUUAGUGAGGAAGUUGGGUGGGUGCUGGAGGUAAAGAAUGAGCAAAGCAGCACAGUGCUGGAAAGGUUUCUUAGUGCUGGAGUUCCUGGCACUUGUGUUAUAGGCACCACUACAGAAACUGGCCCUCAUGCUCAGGUGAGAAUCAGUGUAGGUGGCCAGGAAGCCACUUGCCUGAGUGUGCUGGAAGCUGCAAGACUAUGGGAGGAGACCAGCUACCAGCUGGAGCAGCGUCAAGCCAACCCAGAGUGUGCUGAGGAUGAGUACCGCAGCCUGGACAACCGUCUCUAUACUACCUACACUGUCCCCUUCUCUUACCGUGACUUUGUCUUAGGUCCAGAGAAAGGUGGAGUGAGGGUGCCACAAGUGGCUGUCAUACGCGAGGAAGGAACUAAUGGUGACAGAGAGAUGGCAGCGGCACUCCUGCAAGCUGGGUUUUGUGUUCAUGAUGUCACCAUGACUGACCUCCUGGCUGGUGGUAUCGUGCUGGAGGGUUUCCAGGGAGUGAUCUUCCCUGGAGGCUUCAGUUAUGCUGGUAAGGCAAUAGUAACUUUCACACUUACGUUAACUUUCUCAAGUGAAUUUUUCUUCAGUAAGAUUUUUAUAUCUUAA